CUGGGCUGGUGAGGGAGCAGCAGGAUACCGGGGUAACCAGUUCAGUCAUACGGGGCGUGCGGAUUGUGAACAGGUGCCUGUGGGGUGGUGCAGAAACAUGAUCUGGGACUGGCCCGCAGGCACGGGCUGACGAGUACCUACCUGUCUAUUUCUGAGUCGCCCGGCCGGGAGUUAUUUUUAGUCAUGGGCAGUAGUGGGCAUGUAGGAGUAUUUUGGGCAUGGGUAGAGGGAGCCACUGACAACAUGGCGUUCGCUCUCGAUGGCUUAGUUGAGCAAGUGCGAUCGUGGGUGGCAGUAGGGGGCCUUAGCGGCCUGGGCCUCGCCUCUAUCAUGGAUACCCUUAAUACUCUUCUCGUGGGAUGGAUGAUAUUCGUGGCGUUGAUUUUAAUAAUUGGCACUUUCUUUUAUUUUAAAUUCAUAUACCAGUAUGAGAGUGGUGAUUUAGGAAGGCCACAUGAUACACAGCCAAGAGGUGAGCCUAAAGAUGAAAAAAAUAAGACCGCGGUCAAGAAGUCAGCCCCGGGGAGGUCAGGUCCUGAAGUCAAACCGGCCGAGCCUGCCAGGAAGCCCACCAUUGUUCCUGACAGGAGCGGGGAGCCCGUCACCGCCCCCGUAGCGACAGGAGCUGAUCCUGACGCUGUCAAAUGGACUAACAACGUCUUCACCUGGCUCUACAACAGCGUCGACGGCGGCCCAGCCAUAAGGAAGACCUGGCUCGACACUGUCAACGAAAACACCGUCAAAACUGCCUUACAGACGGGUAUCCUGGUGGAGGUGGUGGAGGUGUACAAAGUCACAGCCGCUCCUACACUCUCCAACAUGGUGGUCGACUGCUCACCUACUGACAACGUGACAAUCACUUGUGACUGCGAUGCGACGAUAUACCUGCGGAUAAUGACAACAAGAACCCAAGGAGAGACAACGACCGAGAGCGAGUAUGCUUGUGCUGUUAGUACACUCAGAGGGAGACUCAAUAUUGCCUCCAUCACCUCAGAAUUGAUGGCUGUGGUCAAGUUUGAUGGCUGGCCUGAGGUUGCUUUAGAGCUGGAAGGAAUUCGAAAUAACUCCACUGGGUUGAAUGAACAACAGAUGCUGGAUGUAGUUGAUGAAGUCCUUACCUCAGCCCUUCGAAACUCUGUCCUGGAUGUCAACUUCCAAUCCAGCAAGACCUUCCCCAAAUUUCGAAGAGCACGACAGGUUCCUGACCCCAUCAUCCCAGUUGGCUACGAUUCUAUGGUACGUGAGUCGCAAACACAUCCACCCUCAGCUCCUCGUAAGCCAAAGAAAUCACUCUUUGCUUCAAUUCAUGAUGAAGAAAUUGAGGAGGCAGGAGAAUCAUUCACAGCCCUCACUUUUUCCUCCAACCUUUCCAAGCAAAUUAAUCUCACUACCAGUGAAGAACAGCUUAUUGCUAGGAACCUGCAUAAAUAUCCCUCAUUAGAAAAUACAGAAAUAGGUGGAGAUGAUAUUAGUGAAAUUUGUAAAUCUUGGGAAGAAAACUAUGUGCCGGCUGCCGAGGUACCCAGUGAAGAUCAUGAGACUGUGGUAGUCCCAGUUACUGUUCCCCGGGCUGACCAAAAGGAAAAAUCACAAACUCAAAAUUUUGUUCUUGUGGCUAGUAAUAGGUCAAAGCUUAUUGAUGAGCCAAGAACUGUAGUUUCCAUUGAAGAAAUAGAAGAAGAAGAACCUGAACUUGAGCUUCAUCCAGUCCGAAAACCACAUGUUGAGGAUGAACCUUGUAUCAGAAGAGGAAGUAGAAGCCCUCUACUUCUUGGUCAUCCUAAGAUAGAAGAGCCACAAGAAUCAGUAGAACUAAAGGAACUUGAGGAACUACUGCAGUUAGAUAAAAUAGAUAUCUCUGACAAGUCACUAACCAGCACUUCUGGAUUUGGACCUCUGCCUUCCCUGCCUGGCCUACAAAAAGGACCUUUCGUAUCAGCCCUUCCAUCUACGACUACGGGUCAAUCCAUGGGAAUUCCUGGUCUUAAUGGCAAGCGGCUUCUGGUGAAGAUUGUUAAAGCAACAAGUGUUGGCUGUGAUAAGUCUGUGUGUGAAGCUUAUGCUGUGGUGGAGAUGGAUGAACCCCCUCAGAAGUUCACCACUUCAGUAGUCAAAGACACAAGUUCUCCCUUUUGGGAUGAACAGUUUCUUUUUGAUCUUAGUGGUGGCACAUUGGAACUACUCUUUGAGGUAUAUGAUAAGAAGGAUGGAAAUUUCUUGGGGCUUGGAAUUGUAGGAAUUGAAGAAUUAGUUGCCACGCCCUCCCAGAGACAAAUCAUCCCCCUUCAAUCCCGGCCAUAUGAAAAUGAUGAAGUCUCAGGAUCGUUGACAGUGGAGUUUCUGUUCUUGGACCGGGCUGACUUGCCUGAACAUACACUCCGUUCCAGUGCCACAAGUCAGAGUCUGACGUCCAAAGGUGACCUCAUAACCACCACAACAACCACUUAUGUAAAGGCUCCUGAAUUACAAGAUGUUAUCGUUAAUGGUGGUGAUGGGGUUGCAGCAGUGGCGUUAAGGGAUAUUGAAGAAAAGAAGACUGUAGUUGCUAACAAUGCCAGCAAAUCUACCAUGAUCAUCCAUGCCUCUAGGAAAGAAGUUACCAAGAAAGUUAUCCAGGUCCAGCGAGCUCCCAGUGGCGAGUACAAGGAAUUGACGGUAAAGCCGGAUGAGGAGGGAGAAUAUCCUGAAUUCCCCACCGAGGACCUGACUGCCCUUACCACAACAGCGACUACAACAACCCCUAUUAUUACUACCACGUCCACUCACAGUACAGCUCCCUCUACCAGCUUAUCCCCGACCACUACAACUACUUCCACCACCAAUGCUACUACAAAUGCUGAUGCAGCAGAUCCCCUUGAUACUGAUGAGCGGGGUAGAAGUAGAGGAAGCCGUCGCAAACGAGAUUCUUUCUUUGGUACGCUAAAGAAAAGAUUUAGUCGUUCCAAAGUUCGGUCCAAAAGUAUGGAUCCAAGUGCCCGAGACACCUCCAUGGACCGUGAUGCCUCAGUAGGUCGUUCAAUAUCUGCGGAGAGAUCUGCGAACCUCAACAGAGCAUCAGAGCAGCAGCAAGUGAACCCACCCUCUCUCCGGGACACGAUUGCGCCAACCCCCGCCCACUACCUCUACUUGUUACAUGCUCAACGGCUACUAUCAGUACCAGCCAAUGUAGGAGGUGACGGAGGGUCCACAAGAUCGUCCCUGAGUGAUGCGUCUGCUAUCAGCAGUUCUUCCACCCGGACAUAUGUUAAUGAAGCGUCCACACUCAUUAUUGAGACCAGUGAGAAUGGUGUCUUUAAACAUUACUUGAUUCCUUUGGCGCUACAGCAGAAGAGUAAGUGGAGGAAGAAAGGCUUAAAGCUUCACAUCUUUGGGGAGCACACCUUCCUUGCCAAGCACAUGUCCAGCACAACACCAUGUGAAGUGUGUCACAAGACAUUAGGAAGGAGAUUUGGCAAACAAGGUUAUGUGUGCCGUGACUGUGGUUUCAAAUGCCACAAGCCAUGCCAUGUAAAGACAGAAAUAAUAUGUCCUAACUCUACUGUCAACAGCAUGGACCUGGAGUAUGUGAAGGAUCCACGUGAGGAACGGCGAGCGUGGCUCAGGAAAGCAAGGGCAACAUGAGUCAUCAUCAAUAUACUUUCCUACGUUCUUACGCUUUAUACACAAACACUAAUAUAUCUGCAUAUUUAUUUCUGUCCAUGUGUAUGCUAAUGUCAAAUUAUAAUUAUGUUCUUGCAUUCAUAUGCUCACAGUCGUGGAAACAUUCUCACACACUCAUAAAUGCUCAAUCAGAUUAAGCACUGUGCGUCAGUCUGAGAAUAAUUUCUGUGAUGCAGAUUAUGAUAUAUUGGUGAAAUAUUUACAGUACAUGAUGUGUUUUUAACUUCACAGGGUACUAAAUAUAUAUAUAUACAGUCCUGCGCCGGUUAACGUCCUAGAUAUGUUCUUGGAAACGUGACGUUAACCGAAAUGGACGUUGUUCGAUCAUCACAAAAACGCUAUAUCGAAAGUACAGAACUUAUGGGAUUUAUUCUAAUUGGUUCCUAAUUGGAUCCUAGUGCUGUCACUUGGUACCCCUGUACCAUAACACCAGAAGCAACUGGCCAGUGUCACAAGUAUAUACAGUACAGUACAGUCA